UCCAACUUCCAGUUCUAUCCAGAACAGAGGACGUCUAAUUCUAGCCACAGAGACAGUUUAUUGGUGUUUGUGUAUUUCUAUUAGUGCUUGAAAUCGUAAACAUCAAGUUGGGCCAAAACCUAUCCACACAAUCAUGAUUCAGUCACUCAUUUCUUCAACAACUGUUGCAGUUGCAGCUGCGGUGCCCAUCUCACACAAGAUUAAUGCUGCUCCUCCUCCUCCUCCCCUUCCAACUUUGAGUUAUCACAAAAUUGUUGCCUCUCACUCUGAUGGGCCUCAACAUUGCAGGCCUGUUCAAAGGAGGGCUGCUACAUUAGGGUUGGCUGGUUUGGUGCUGGGGUUCAUACAAGUAGGUUCUGACAGACGUGCGAAUGCGGCGGGUAAACGGGCUCCACCACCACCGCCGGAGGAGAAAAAGGAUCCAAGUAUUAAUGCUGUAACGGCCAAAGUUCUUGCUAGUAAGAAAAGAAAGGAAGCCAUGAAAGAAUCUAUAGCCAAGCUAAAAGAAAAGGGCAAACUCAUUGAUCAGCCAUCUAAAUAGUCUCCUUUUUCUUUAGUUGUUAUCAUAUCAACAUUCUUUCUUAUCUAAGUAUGGAAUGUAGACUUGCCAUGUGAGAGAUACAUGUUCUAUUUCAAAUUCACCAUUUUUACUUCAA